GUAUUGGGGAACACAGCAGGUGGAGGAAUCGCCAUGGCUGCCCACGGACACCUGGUGUCGCUGCUUUUACUGUUGCCUGUGACGCUGGUCUCAAUGGAGCAGCGCGCCUACUCGGACUCGUACCUGGCGGCGGCCGACCAGAUCAUUUUCAACCUGCUGGACCAGUACCACUACACUCACGGACCAGGUGCAACGCCAGAAGCGACCACCCCCACAUCGCCGGGCCCGCUGGGUGAGGGCGUGAGCGUGCUGCCGCGCGGGCCCGCCGUCGCAGUCCUCCCACCGCCAUCAGGCUCUGCUCCGAGCGCGGGGGCGGCGCACAGGCAGAAGGAGUCUGCGGCCAGGAAGCGGCUGCAGGAGCUGCACGGCGUGCUGAGCGGCGAGGCGCGCAGGCAGAGCGUCGCCAAGGCCGAGGGUUUCUCUGACGCGAUGAUACGCUGGCUGGAGGGGACGUCGCAGCUGAACGCGGCGGAGCAACUGCGGGCGGUGCUGGAGAAGGUGCUGGAGAAGGGCGAGGCGCGUCGCGACGCCAGCCGUCGCCUCGUCGAGGACGCCGUCCACCUGCUGCAGGACACGGAGAGCGACUUCAGCCAGGAGGUGGCCACGUUGCAGCCGCUCCGCUACGCUCAGUAGCCGCCGUAAAUUCACAGUGUGGUCCAAAUGAAGCUCCUGGAAAAUGUUUACAAGUCACACGAUAUAACAGACUCUAGUUAAUUACCUGAGAAACAGCUCCUUAUAUACGAGGGGAUUUCAGUAUGUAAUGCAGCACAUGUUUUCUGAAAGAUGUUUGGUUUUAUUCAGGAUUCAAGUACACCAUAUUAUUCUCCA